GUUUAUCGUACCGAUAAGAAAUUCUUUAAUUAAUCGCACGGAUAAUCUCGAACCAAAAAACACGUAUAGUGUGAAUCCACCUUCACACUUUUGACAGUUGCAACAAUAACAAACGGGAAUCCAGAAAAAUGUUCCAACUUUCCCGGAUAUUCCGGAUAUCUCUCGUUUGCCGGACACAUUUUUCGACGGCAGUACGACCAGCGACCAGCACCGCCCCGAUACCGAUAGUGACCUGUAAAAGGCAGCAGUUCAACCUCUACCUGCACGAGCUGCCAUCCGAUGCGGAACGACUCAAGCUCGGCUCGGUUCCGCUGGCGACCGACGGCUGGCGGCACCGGAAGUCCAGCGGAGAUUACUUCAUCAUCCAUCCGGCACAGAAAGCACACGAGACCUACGGUUUGAGUGAGCGCACGUUCCAGCAACUGGGCAUCCGAGAUGCGCUGGUGAGCAAUUUAAACCGACAGCACGUGUUCUCGCCAACCCACUAUCAGGUAGAGGGCAUUCAGACGGUCCUGGAUGGCGGUCACACGUUGCUGGCCGCCGAGACGGGAUGUGGCAAAACCUACACGUACCUGCUCCCGGUGAUGGAGCAAAUAUUGCGCCGGAAACUGAACGAAAAAGAGCGUGAAUUCAAUACCCCACUCAUGCUGAUCAUCACACCGGGAAGGGAACUGGCGCAGCAGAUCGGUAAAGUGGCGACGGAGCUGGGAGAAGGUCUGAACAUCAAGGUGCGCGUUAUCCUCGGCGGACGUACAAAACAGCACAUGCUAAACCCAUCGUUUGAGGACGUGGACAUACUGGUGGCAAGCUUCGGUGCGGUCAGUAAGCUCGUAACCAGCGGUAUCUAUCGCAUGGAGGAGGUGCGGUUCGUGGCUCUGGAUGAAGCCGAUACACUACUGGAUGAUAGCUUCAAUGAAAAGCUGGUGCACUUGAUGCGACGAUUCCCGUUUCACAAGAACCACCUACAGGAUUUAGGAGAGAACGUGCAGGGAACACAGCUUAUCCUCGCCGCGGCCACCAUGCCGGCAAAUAUGGACGAGCAGCUGUCGAAGCUGGUGAAUGUGGCCACUAUCGAGCAGGUGACGAGCCCGAACCUGCACCGCUUGAUGGGCCACGUAACGCAACGGUUUAUGCGCGUUCGCAAAACCGAUCGGCCGGAGAUUCUGCUUAAUCUUGUGCAGCAGGACCAGAAGCGCCGGAUACCGACGAUCAUUUUCAGCAACAAAACACCUGCCUGUGACUUUGUGUCGCUCUUCCUCAAUGAUAAUGGAUGCCCCUGUGUGAAUCUGAACGGCGACAUGAUCGUGAAGCUGCGCUUGGGACAGUUUGAAAAGUUCCAGCAAGGUGAAGUGAAUGUGUUAUCCACGACGGAUGUCGCUAGUAGAGGGCUGAACACGGUCCGUGCUGCUCAUGUAAUUAACUUCGACUUUCCACUGUACACCGCCGACUAUAUUCAUCGUGCGGGGCGAAUAGGAAGGAUCGGCAGCCGGAAUGAUUGUUUGGUAACGAAUUUGAUAUCAAGUCAGGCAGAGAUUGCAUCAGUUCAGCGGCUGGAACAUGCGGCACGGACCACGAACGUGCUGCGAAACGUGGAUGCGAACGUUAAAGGCAUCAUUCGGCGAACGAUUCAAAAGCAUAUUGAUGCCGCCGCGAAGUUGGAAAUGUAAGGCAAUGUAAAAUAAAUAGCGAGUCAAAGUGGUUGUA